GACGUGCCUGGCCGCCACCGCGCCCGUCUGCUCCGAGCUCAACCAGACGUACGCCGCGCCGCAGGACUUCUUCGCCGCCUGGCUCACCCCGAUGCAGUCCGGCUGCUGCAAGCCGCCGACGAGGUGCGGCUACACCUUCGUCAGCGCGACCAACUGGAUCAGCCCGAUCGACGGCGCCGCCGACCCCGACUGCGCCGCCUGGAGCAACGACCAGGACCGGCUCUGCUACUCCUGCGACUCAUGCAAGGCCGGGCUGCUGCAGAACCUCCGCCGGGAGUGGCGCCGCGCGGACGUCGUCCUCGCCGUGACCAUCGUCGCCCUCCUUGCGGUCUACGCCAUGGGCUGCUACGCGUUCCGCACCGCCAGGACGGACGAGCUCUUCCGCCGCUACCGGCAGGGCUACACGUAAUUUAAUUUAUUUCUGGAUCCAGCGUGUCACAUUUCCUGAAAAUUUACAUACAUUUGUAAGAUGCAUGUAUGAGACUAUGAGUUUGUCAACCAGAUUUUCAGAAAUCGUCCUUUAAUUCA